GCAGUUACAUGAUUUCCUUAAGGCCAGUGUCCCUACUGCUCUCAGAGGAGAAGGAUGUCACUUCAGUGAACAGUUGGCAGACUUCAUCGUCCUACAUGUGAACGGCACAUAUCCUAGUCAGGUAAUCUCACCCAACAACAGUCAGAUGUUGUUCUUGAACUCACUUUAGAGGGCAGCAAACAUGACAGAUGAAAGUGGUGACAUGCUGGAGACCAGAUAUAGGUCUCUUGUAACAAAACCAACAUUUGCCUCCGAGCUAAAGCAGUACAAUCUCUACUUCGCUGGUACAAGACCAACCCAACAGCUUCAAAUCCAUGAGAGGAAGGGGAUGCCCGUUGUGUAUGGAGUCCUCAAGCUUUACUGGGGAACGCAGCAGGUGAUACGCCUGAAGAAAGAAGAACCAUCAUGGAAACGCAAGAGCACGCGUUUGCCCUGCGAGAACGGACUCGACGAGAAACUCAUGCAUGCCAUGGGGAGCGGCGCAAGAAACAGACGCUCCCUGAAACUGCGCGACAGUGUCGGCGACAUUCCCGAGGAGAACGACGGGUCCGAAAAUGACCAUAGCCAUGAGGAAGGCAACAAUGGCAAUUCUAAAAAAGAGGACAAUAUGGCCGCCUUUGAACGAUUGAGAAUGUCUAACUCAUUGCCUAGGGAUGCCUUGAACAAUCAUGAUUUGGUCGCUGAGAUUGAGAAGGCAGCGAACGGAUCGCCAAAUGGUGAUGUUGCACAGAAAGAGCUUUCAUCAACGAUGCCAAAGAAGUCAAAUUUAAGGAGGAGAACGAUGUCUUUCAGCGGGCAUCUCUAUAAUAGCAAGACGAGAGUGUUCAGACCGAGAUAUGGAACGGUUUCAAACGUGAGAGCUUCCAGUACACAAUCAACCCUUGAGGUCAUCAAACUACUACUUACCAAAUUUGCAGUGGAGAACCCACCUGAAGAGUUCAGUCUGUUCUCAGUGUCAAACAGUGGAGGUACGCAAGAGUUGAAGACCCAUGAUUUCCCCCUCCUCAGGAGGAUACAGCUCGGUCCUGAUGAGAAUGUGGCGAAGAUCUUCGUCAUGGAAAGAAAAACCUCUCAGGUUUCCCAAGAGGUGGCCCAGUAUGUCAACCUACCAUUCCCAGUGCUACAGGCAAUCCUUCAAAAGUUCAAAGAGGAAGAAAACAAAGAGGUCGAAGAGAUUAGAAAGAAAUACUCAAUAUACCAGGCAACCUUAAAGAAGAAAAUGGAAUUCAUAAUCGAGAGCACUAGUUUAGAUACUAGGUUGUAGGAGUUUUGUGUACAGUGUAUGUGGUAGUUUCCUUUUUGCAGUGAACUCAUCAUUAAAAGAGCUUUUUAUUUCUCAUAUCACACUCACACAUUCCCUCUCCCCAUUACCCUCUCUCCCCUCUCAGUUUGCCCUAACUUCAUUUUAUAUUCAACCUACUCACUUAUUCUCAUCCCCUCCCCUCGUCUGCACCCUCCCCUUUUCAAGCUCAUAAUCCAUCUCUCUACCCCCCCCCCUCUCUCCCACCUUUCUUUUUUAGUCUAUCACCACUAAUACCAUUUCCAUGGUUUCUUAUUCAACUUACAAACCCUCAUCUUUGCUCUUAAUUAUAUUCUUGCCAUUAUUUCCUAUCUUUUCUGCUACCAUAGUAAUUUUACUUCCCAUAUUUCAAUUUACCACUAAACAGAUAAUAUUCAUUUUCACCGUUGUUUUCAUCUUCUUUGUAUCUUCCUAUCUCAUUUUACAUCACUUUUCAUAUUCUCCAAUCUACAUUCUUUCAUACAUUUCUCUUCAUUAUCACAUCAUACCAUGUUACAUAUAUAUCUAAUCCAUCAAUAGCUAAGCACCUAGGUGCUAGAAUUGUUUCUUUAAUAGCUUUUGUGGUAGUUUUGUCUCACUCUAUUUCUCGUUCUGUCCAUCUCUCCUCCACCCUUCCAUCCAUCAUAUAGGAACAAGAAGACAAAAGAAAAGAAGAAAUCAUGGUGGAAAUCAUAAAGACUGACCAACAUUUUUUUUCAAAUGGAUCUCCAGUCAGAAUUCACAUCGACUAAUUGUACUUCAUGAUUUACCCAUUGCAAUAUUACAUCAACUAAUAAUUUUUUCUUACUUCUAAGCUGUUUUUAUUCUAAUUUUUAAUGUUAAUUUUACCAAUACUGUCUUGGAUAAGUCUCCACUUUGUCUAUUUUCUUAUUGUCUAUAAAAGCAUUUCCAAAUAGUCUUCCAGUCAGAAUUCAUAUUGACAUCAUAGAUUUUUCCAAUGCAAUACCAUAUGAUUGCAUCAAUUAAAUAUGUUUUCUCAUUUGUUUACCCAUGUUUAGUCUCACUUUUAAUAUCGAAUUGAUCAAUGUACAGUAAUGGGUUAUCUUUCACUUGGUCUAAUCUCACUUCGUCUAAUUCAACUUGGUCUAAUCCCAAUACAACUAGUUUGUAUACAGAGGUAUGAUUACCACAACCUAUGUACAUUCUUCUUUUCCACCUAAUUUCCAUUGAUUCUUCUUGAAUAUGUGUAAACUUUACAUUAACAUUGAACAACUCCCAUAUUUCUAACAAAAAUUUAAAACAAAACACUGUUAACAAUAUACUGUCUAGAAAAUUUUGUAUCAAUAUUUUAUUUCUUUUACCUUUAAUGUACUGUAUUAUACUAAAGUCUGAACAAUGCAAUUCUAAUCAAUAAACCUGAAGUUUUCAUUCCCAUUCUAUUAGUAUUUCCAACAAACAAAAAAGAGAAUUUGAAACACUUAAUGUUAAUGUUGAUCAAAUGUUUAUCAAAAGUACCAUGAGUGUUCAAAAUAUUCAAAACCUAUAUCAUACAUGUACUUCAAUCAGUUAACUGGUAUUACUAUUGAUUGUGAAUUGAAUAGUUGAUUCAGGAUUUAACAUUACAAUAAUUAAUUACACAUCCCCUUUACAUUGUUUAAUGGUCCUGGAGUAGUGCCCUUAUCACGCCUUUCUAUAUCUUUAAGGUACAUGUAGUUCAACGUGUUGAAACCUGCAAAUGAAAGAGGUUUUUUGUGGGCUUCAGGGCUUGAAAGCGGAACAAGCUUAGGAAAAAUACUAAUAUAACAAUUUUGGAUGAUUGCAAUCCUUUAUUUUGGAGUUUGGACUAAAGGCCAAGUUAGUUUAAAAUCAAAGCCAAUCAUAGAUUGCUAUGACGUCAUUACGACUAGAUUUUAAAUUCACUUAUAUUCUAAUAAGGAUGAUAACAAAGUCACAGAUUUGAACAUCUAUAUUUGUAUGAUGUUUUAGAACAUUACACAGUAAGAUAUUUCAUGUUUCAAUAUUAGCAUCAAAUUCUACUACGUUUUAUUCCAAAUCGGAUCGCAGACCAAUCGUAAGGUAUAUAGUGGCCUUAAUAUGUCUAAUCUUGUCUAUACAUGUAGGUUUUACCAUAUUGUACACUGUAAAGAAUAAUCAGUGUCAAGUGUUAAAAAUACACCAUGGAGUUGAAUGUAAUGGCGCAGAUAAUCUCUGUAGAUUGAAGAGCGCCAACACAACUCCAACACCAAUCAAUGUAACAGCAAAUAGUGUUAAAAAAACAAAAAGAAUGUGUUAUAAUACGUGUAACACAAAUUGGUGUUACAGUAACACUAUGAUUUUAAUACAUUUGUUAAAUGUUUGGUAGGGUUCCCUGCAUACAUUGGUAGUGUUAUUAUAACACGACUGUUUUUAAAUGCUCUGGUACUUCUUUAAUUUAAUCUUCUGUCUUUAAAGAGAAUUGUGGUUAUUAGACUACACUGUAACACAUGUUUAGGCAAAUCAACCUUGAAUUUGUAUCAAUAUUUUUAGGUUAGAUUUAAGAGAUUUAGAUCAGAAAGUAUAUCAAACAAUGCUUUUAUCAAUUUGUUAUGCCUCCUAUAUCAUUUGUGUAUUGGAAUGUACAAUGAUGUAUCAAUGUUGUCCACAAUAGAAAAAAUUACAUUGAAAGUAAGAAAGCUGCAUCAUUUAGAACCUGCAGCAAAUGAACACGGGUGAAAACUGAAAUGUUGAAAACUGAGAUUUUGAAAUGUCUUCCAAAUGUAUGAUCAAUGCAUAGUGCCUUAUACGACAUAAGAUAUUAUUUAACAGGUGUAUAUCUAGAAAUAUUUUCAGAAUAUUGGAGAAUAGGUAUAUAUGUAUACAUGAUAUGAAAGUAUUAUUUUGCCUAUAGUAUUUUGCUAUCUUUAUAUGGAUUUUAUACAUAUUGGUGAGGUAAUCACUUGGGUACUCCUAUUUGGUAUUUUCUAUUUAAAAAAUAUAUUUUGUUUCUUGCUUUGUAUAUUUUCGUUUUCUAAAGUUGUUAUUGAAGAAAUGGUUUUAAUCUUGUUUUUUUUUUAUUUGAUUUUUAGUAUGCUGUUUGUGUUUUUACAUGGUAGAAGGUAUUUUUUAUUGACUAUUUUUUAUUGCAAAUUUUAAAGAGCUCAAUCUAUGGUUCACUUAUAUGAUUGAUUUACGUGUAAGUUUUAUAAUGAGCAUUAAUGUCAUCAAUAGUAAAAUACACUACUUAUUGUACCAACCAUGUUAUAAAAAUACUUGUUUAAAAUGCUUGUAUGGUAAUAAUCACAAUAUUGUACUGUAAUGUACAUAAUGUAAUACUUAAUACAUCCAAACAAUGUACAUGUGACCGAGUCCAUUAAAGAAGUGAUCUUACAUUCAUCCUCACAUAACAUGUAUGUCUUUCCUACACAUUAUAUGCGCAAUCCAAUUAUCCACUCCUUGAGGAGUAUCGCAGCAUUAAAUAGUCUACUCACUCAAAAUAUGAAGCCUAUCAAUGCCAGCAUCCUCCUGAGUAAUACCCGGGUAGAGAGCAGUUAAAGUAGAUAAAUGCUUUGCCAAAAGAUGUUAGGGCUACAGUGAGAUUUGAACCCUGGACCUUGUGUGUUUUACACCCCAAGGACCAAUCCACUGAUCCACAGAAUAUAUAGUAUAACUUAUUGAAAUAUUUUAUCAUAAUUAUUCACUUUCCUAUGAGUAUGAGAAAUUGAAUGCAAUUGUAUUUUUUACAACACCCUUUCAUUCCGAAUAAGCCUCCAGAGUUUUCUGGCAAUGAAAAAUGCUUGAGAAUGAUAAACAAAUAUCUUUUAAAAUGUUAAAUUUUUUUUCUUCAAAUUUACUAAACUGAUAUUACUGUCUACAGUCUAUUAUGAAUUGGAGAGUUGAUUCGAUUUACGAUUCUUUCAUUGAUAUAUUUUUAUACCAUGUAACAGCAUUUCAUUCCAAUUGAACCUCAUUAUUUUUUGUGUGUCUUAAAACACUGAGAAAAAUCAAACAUAUUUUUGUAUUUUAUAAUACAUACAGUAUCAAUGUUUCUAGAAAAAUCAAGCUCACAAUAUAUUUUUAUAUUAAAAAAUGUAUGAAUAUGAAACAUCUCCAUAUUUUAUAGGACCAUGUAAAAGUGCCAAGGGAAUUGAUCGCAGGUUGAUAGCAGUGAAGUUGUGUAAAAAAUUCCUCUCUGUGGCUUGACACCGUUAUAAUUGAAAACAUUUAGAUUGUAUUAUUGUUUAUUAUUAUAUAAGUAAAUACAUUAUAAUUGAAGCAAAUCUUUUCACACUUAAAUUACAGUCAACCUAGAUUAACAUUGUAAUUUGUCAGACAAAAAAAACAAAGCAUGGUAUUAUAAUGUUUAACUUUGUGACAGAUGUUUGUGAAUGUAUAAUCCACUACUGAAAGUGCGUGUGGUAUAGUUUGGUCAUCUGUGACUGUUGAGGGAAUACAUAGGUCCUGUUUUCAAGGAGUUUGUGAUCUUAGGGGCUUAAAUAUAAAAAAAAUAGCGGAUAUGCCAAUUUAUCUUUUAGAUACUUUCUAGCCAAGAUAUAAUGGAGGUUAUAUUGUUUUCAACCUAUUGUGUGGGGUUUUUUACAAGAGCUGCAAGAUUGUACAAUAAGUAUGUAGCAUUUUGAGACACCAGACACUUUUUCCACAAAAUAACUUCAAUAAUGAAAAUGGAAUCCUAAUGGAUUUAUGUUUUAGAAUGUUGGUGUCCUGGAUUUAUUUGCAUGAAAGAUUGAUGGAUUGAACUUAAAUACAUGUACAAUUUGGCAAUGCACAUUCUCCAUGUUCUCUCAAAAGAAAUAGAGUAUCAUUGUGGGGUGUUUUAAUUUGAGAGAGCCUCCAUAGAGCAUUAUAUUGUACACUCUAAUUGAUUUUUCUUCUUGCUUGAAAGUAUAGCUAGGAUCUAGCCUAAAAUUCACAAGUUCCAAAUUAUUUUCUUUAAUAAUCUCAAGCCUAUCAAUGUUUUAAUAUUUUUUUAUGUUUGAGAGUGUAUACUCUAUCCAAAGUGUAUAUGGACACAAUUGCAACGUAUAGAAAAAAGAAUAGUAGAUGGAAAAUGCAGGUUUCUUUGUUAGUUUUAAAAUGAAGUUUUCCAUAAAAAAAGGGACAUUUCUACUUCAAUCUGUCAUUGCAUUGAAAAAAGGCUUUGUUUACUGGUAUUGUUGUUAGGUGGACAGUUUGGGUGUCAUCAUGAAUAACUAUCAAAGGAAUAAAUAUCAAGAUAUAUUCCACUUCACUAAUCAGCUGCUGCAAUGUGAACAAUCUUACUACUAAAAUGUUACCAAUAUACACAUCCUUGUAUACUACUCAGUUCUGAAACCAUUCCUGUUACAUACGUAAUGAUAUUGUUGCUUGACAUGAUAUUAUUAUACAAUCAGGAGAAUUAAAUGUAUAUAUGAUGAGAAAAUUAUACAUUGUAAACUGAAUACUUUAUAAUAAAUCCAUUGGGUUUGACUAUAA